UAGCCCUGACUAAACAUUGCUGCUGGCUCAUAAAUGCACUGGGCUUUGGGCGGCAUAAAAACUAAGAGAAAUAAGUGUCCCUCAGUGACAGCGACAACAAUCAUUGUGAAAAAUACUUCAGCAGUUAUGGACUCAUCUGACGUUCAAAGGAAAAAAGUAGCUGUCAUUGGUGGUGGCUUGGUUGGCUCAUUACAAGCAUGCUUUCUUGCAAAGAGGAAUUUCCAGAUUGAUGUAUAUGAAGCUAGGGAAGAUAUUCGAGUGGCUAACUUCACACGUGGAAGAAGCAUUAACUUAGCCCUUUCUCACAGAGGACGACAAGCCUUGAAAGCCAUUGGCCUGGAAGAUCAGAUUGUAUCCCAAGGUAUUCCCAUGAGAGCAAGAAUGAUUCACUCUCUUUCAGGAAAAAAGUCUGCAAUUCCCUAUGGGACAAAGACUCAGUAUAUUCUUUCUAUAAGCAGAGAAAAUCUAAACAAGGAUCUACUGACUGCUGUUGAGAAAUAUCCCAACGUGAAAGUACACUUCAACCACAGGCUGUUGAAAUGUAACCCAGAGGAAGGAAUGAUCACAGUGCUUGGAUCUGACAAAGUUCCCAAAGAUGUCUCCUGUGACCUCAUCGUAGGAUGUGAUGGAGCCUAUUCAACUGUCAGAUCUUACCUCAUGAAGAAGCCUCGCUUUGAUUAUAGUCAGCAGUACAUUCCUCAUGGGUACAUGGAGUUGACUAUUCCACCUAAGAACGGGGAUUAUGCCAUGGAACCUAAUUAUCUGCAUAUUUGGCCUAGAAAUACCUUUAUGAUGAUUGCACUUCCUAACAUGAACAAAUCAUUCACAUGUACUUUGUUCAUGCCCUUUGAAGAGUUUGAAGAACUUCUAACCAGUAGUGAUGUGCUGGAUUUCUUCCAGAAAUACUUUCCAGAUGCCAUCCCUCUAAUUGGAGAGAGACUCCUAGUGCAGGAUUUCUUCUUGUUGCCUGCCCAGCCCAUGAUAUCUGUAAAGUGCUCUUCAUUUCACUUAAAAUCUCACUGUGUACUGCUGGGGGAUGCAGCUCAUGCCAUAGUGCCAUUUUUUGGGCAAGGAAUGAAUGCGGGCUUUGAAGACUGCUUGGUAUUUGAUGAAUUAAUGGAUAAAUUGAAUAAUGAUCUUAGUUUGUGUCUUCCUGCAUUCUCAAGAUUGAGAAUCCCAGAUGAUCAUGCAAUUUCAGACCUAUCCAUGUACAAUUACAUAGAGAUGCGAGCACAUGUCAACUCAAGGUGGUUCAUUUUUCAGAAGAACAUGGAGAGAUUUCUUCAUGCUAUUAUGCCGUCUACCUUCAUCCCUCUUUAUACCAUGGUCACUUUUUCCAGAAUAAGAUACCAUGAGGCUGUGCAGCGUUGGCAGUGGCAAAAAAAGGUGAUAAACAGAGGACUCUUUUUCUUCGGAUCACUGAUAGCCAUCAGCAGUACCUACCUACUUAUGCGCUGCGUGUUACGACGACCUCUCGACUACGUGAGAAGACCAUGGAACUGGAUAGCUCACUUCUGGAACACAACAUGUUUCCCCGCAAAGGCCAUGGGCUCCCUAGAACAAACUUCCAAUCUCAUUAGCAGGUGAUAGAAAGGUCUGAAGUAGCAAAUGCUUGAUUUCUUUCUCUGUAACCAAAAUUCGGCAUUUAAAAAAAAAAGUUUCUAUUGCCAUAUUCGAUUCACUAAUGGAAGAUAGUGGUCUGCUUAUAAUUAAACUUAAUAUAGAAUUUCUCUGUAUGUUAAUUGCAAUUACCAGAGGGGAGCCCGCCACAUUUUAAAAGUUGAAACAUGCACCUUCCCUACGUUGUGAACACUCAGGUUGAGUCAUUCUCACUAUAAAAGUUCAGUGACUAAGAUCUUUCACUUCUCAAAAAGUAAGGCCCAAGAUGCCUCAGGGAAGACAGUAAUCAUGCCUUUUCUUUAAAAAGACACAAUAGAACUCACAACAGGAUGUACUCAACACCUGGGACUAAAAAUCACAAGUUGCCUAGCAUGUUAGUUGCACUUUUUGUCACCUGAAUAGAACUUAUGUAACCACAGGGCUCAGACUUACUAAAUAAAACCAGAAAUUGUACAUCAGGAAUUCAGGGGAGUUCCAGAGACUUACAAAAUGAACUUAUUUUAUUCUCCCAUCUUCGAUUACCACUAUUACUAUCUAUCUAUCUAUCUAUCUAUCAUCUAUCUAUCUAUCCAUCUUCUAUCUAUAUCUAUCUAUCAUCUCU